UGUAAACACGUGGUUCGUGUUUUGAAGUAAAAGUUUUGAGGUUAAAUGUUGAAAGAAUUUGAUAUUUUGAAUUGCAUGAGUCUAUCGUGUGGUUUGGUGUAGCUUCUGAGUUCUAAGCAAAAUUGAAAUAAUAUAGAAAAGGAUAAUAAUCAUCAGGAUGGAUGAGGGAACAGAAGAGUUUGAAGGUCCACCAAAGAAGAAAGCGAUGGUUUCGGACGAAUCCUCCAAUAACGAGAAAACCCCAUCAUCCAAAGUUCAGGAUACUAUAAUUCAAGAUGUUCGUAAGAUGUUAAAAGAAGAAAAUGCGCUCAAAGCUGUCCAUGUUUUACUUAAUGCGGCCAGAAACAAUGCGAGUGUGGAUUAUAUUCAUAAUUAUAUAAAAGCUGGAGGUGGACCACUGGAACUACUAAAGGUGCUACAGCAAUGUGAAAACAAAAAAGAUCUGAGCUUUGUCUGUCCCAUAUUCUCUGCAGUACAUUUGGUUCUCAUCAAAAUCAUGAGUGAUUUCCCUCACUUGGAACAAAGCGCCGAAGAAGCAUGCAUCUAUCUUCUUCACGAGUGUACUCCCGUUCUACAUCUAAUGAUUAAUUUGAAAUCGCCCAUGGAAAACAAGAAACUUGCUCUCUCUCUGCUCACAGCUGUUGUAUCUUUGAGUUUCCGACUUGCUCGUGAUGUUUUGUCAUCGUUUGAUCUUGACUUCAAAUCAGUGGAGCACCUUGCUGAGCAGGUCAAUCCCACAGACAUCAACAGUGUUCGUGUCAAAUUCAUUCACUUUGUGGUUGCUUUCAUGGUCGAGGCUAACCCACUCCUCAUAAAGCAGCUACUGCAGAAUAAAGGUAUUCUUCGGUUGAUUUUGAAAGAUAUGGUCUUCGACUAUAGUUCAACAGUUGAAUUGUUUCUUUCCACUUUGCACCAGAAAGUGGUUCUGAACUAUUCGAUCCCCAAGACAACGAAAAUGCAUGCCUUCAAUACAGCAGUAUUGAUUCUCCUGAUAGAUUUGUACUCGUGGCGAGGGCCAAAGAAGUGGACACCAAAACGCCAAUCAAUAGCAGAGUUGAAAUUUGUCGAGUCAGAGGGACCAAAUGAAGAAAAAGAUAAGGUUCGACGCAUUGUCCAUGAGCUUCUGACCGUAUUAUGCACUUCUCAUAAACAAGGAGUUGUGUUUGAAGAUAAAUUAUUGGGCACGAGUCAGUGUCAAAAUGUCAUUGCUAGGACGCUAUUCAAGAACCUAGAAGUGGCUUGGAAUGAUGAUCUUGCAAAAGAUCUCACUUUGAAGAUACUUACUGCCAACCCUGAUCUCAUCAAGGCAGCUUUGACAUCGAUUAAGUCAGCUUUCGAGCCAUCUUCUUCUGCUUCUUGGUUAUCUACUUGCUCGUUUUUGACAAAGCUUGUUGAAGCUGUGCAAAUAGAUGAAAAAUAUCUGACUGAUAUGAAUAUCGAGCUGUACAUGAAAGUGAUAAUGAGCCAUUGCAUGUCGCCAUUGGUCGUUCAACAUGUUUGCAGUGAGAAGGCUCUCACGCAUCCCGACGCUGCAGUGCGAUUCUCUUGCAUUACAUACUUGUACACUUGUCUGCACAAGUUACAAUCUUGCAUAAAAUACUUCAAAGAUGUAUCUGAGCAUGAUGUAUCUGAGCUUGUUUCAAAACAUUUGAUUAUGGUGGCUCCAAAAAUUGAACUGCUACUAAAUGCUUGGUCACUGAAAGAUACCACUGAAACUGAGGAUUCACCGCUUCAAAGUCCGACUCUCCCCGAAUACUUUUCUACAGUUAUUGAUGCUAUUCUGUUGCUGCAUAACAUGGUGCCCGACUAUCUCCAUGUGGAUGAUACUGAGACCAUCGAUACCAUUCUGUUGUCAAGCUUGGAUGAAUCUGAAGAUUCAUGUUCCGGGACAUUGAAACUAAAAAUUAUGAGAGUGCUUUCCAUCUUGAAACCUCUUGAUCCUAUGAGUAAACCUUUUUCCAUAGCACUUGAUUUGCAUAUCAACCAUUUAAGCAACCCGGAAUCAUGUUGUGAAGCUAGGGAGGGCCUCAAGAAACUGCUACUCAAUACUGGCCUCUUAGAUGGUGCAGAAGAUGAAUUGGAAAUCUGGCUCCACUGCCUCCAAUCGUUUGCAAAUGAAUCCAGUGUGAAAAAUUUCUUUUUGAAGGUCAUCAGACAAACAAUAAAAAAUAUUGGGUCUUACUUCAAAUGCUUAGUAGAAGUUCAUGAUGCAGUAGUCGCGACAUCUCAAGGAAAAUCAACAUCAACUAUUGAUGAAGUCAUGGAAAUGUUGGAGAACGAUUUAAGUGUGGAAGAAAGAUGCCACAGUCUCGUCAAGCAUUCUCAAAAUAUCAGUCCUCUUAUACCAGCAAUGCUUGAUUUUAUGAACUCGAAGAAACAAUCAAAACAUAUUGACAGCCUCGUUAUGGACCUCAGUUCAUCUGUUCUAAUAUACCUCCUGCACUUCCAGGAUUAUCCAGAAAAGUUGGACUUGCUAGUGAAGAAAUUCUCUAAUCAAAAUGAAUCUGAAGUGAAUGAUUAUAUUGCAACAUGGAGUGAUGGAGAUAUUAAAUCUUGUGCAUUUCCAUCAUUGUCUUCAGUACCGAACAGUAUUGAUUCGAAACUGGCUAAAAUAUUCCAAAAUCCGGAAAAAUCAUCCAAAAUGGUCAAAAAGGUUUUUGAGUAUUUGGAAAAAGAAAAGAUCAAUACUGUACUCCUUCUAAGAUCAACCUUGUUCUACAUCACUCAGUUUCACCGGCAUGGCAUCCUCACCUCAGAUCUACUGGACACGUCUCUUGAAAUAAUGAAAAGACUCACCUGUUGCUCUACCUCUUCACAAGCUCUCAGCUCAGUUAUUACUAGUGCUAUCAUCCAUCCUAUUAUUGUUAAUGGAUUCCUUCCCUCAAAAUCAAAUGCAGAUAUAAACUUCUCAAACAUUUUAAUACAUUUUAUUGAUGUUGCCAACAAUACAAUUUCCGAUCGAAAUCUGUUGAAGGAUAUGCUUUCUCCAUGUAUAGACAAAAUGGUGAAACACUUGCUCACAAUGCUAAAGAAGAAAAAAGAGCUAAAGAAAAAGGAGAUAAUAUUAUUAUUAUCUCUCAUAGAAUCACUGCCAUUGUCUGCUGAUGAAAUUAAAAUCAUUCUGAACAAGAUGGUUAUGACAGAAGAGAGAAACUACAUUCUGGAUAAUUGGAUUGUUAUUGAAUCAUCACUAUUAAAGAAAUGCGAAGAGAAAUCUAUUAUUUUAUCGGAUGAAAUUGUAUCUUUCGUAGUAGCUCAAUUAAUGGAUGAACGUGAAGACAUUAAUGAGUUACAUUCGAGUUUCCUGAAGUACAUCAAGCGAUUUCCUCAUUAUCUGGAAAAUAUAUCUGACGGUGAAUGUCGAAGUAUUUUGAAGUUGAUCACGCCCAAUAGAAAUGGUCUUCUGGAACUGGCCCAGUUUUUAAUAUCUCGAAAAGAAUCGUUCGUCUCCUGUUUGUAUGAGGAAGAAGCACUACAUGCCACGCCAUCACUUUUCUUUCCCAUGCUCUCGAAAAUCGAUAUGAAACACUGCAAGACGAAGAAAAUUGGAAAAAUUCUAUCUAGACAAAUUGAAAAGGUCCGAAGUGCUAUUUUGAAGAAGGAUGUAUGGCUGGUUGACAACUUCGCUUUUGUAUCUACGUUGAUCAGUAAAUGCAUGGAUGAUAAAUCCAAAUCUUCUCUUUACAAAUCUUUGAAAUCAGAUUGGAAUCAAGUACCUAAGGAGCACCCAAUUAUUUCGAUUGUCAAAUCUACAGUUGAAGGGAAGAAUGAGUCUGUUCAGUUUGUUUCAGAUUUAUUUCCAGUACUUCUAGAUGUUAUAAGUUCACCAGCUAAAGGGUACGAAUGGAUCUGCCAGAUUAUCAGUGAAACUAUCACGAAUAGUGAGAAGGUUGAUUUCUCUUCACUUGCAGAUGAUAAUUUGUGGCAUAAAGUGGUGCAAGCGGCUCUGAAAUGGGGCCUGGAUAGCCGCAAAAUGUGCCCCGCCAGUGUUUGGCUGAUGAAAAUGUUGAGGCAACUCUGCAUGUCUGUGUUGAAGGAAAAUGGCUCAGAUGAAGUGGCUAAUAUUUUUGAGCUAACUCUAUCUCACUCAAAUUUCAUUAAUGUUCUACUAGAUUCGUCAUCUGAAUUGAAAUAUGAGACAGUUUGUUUGAUUCUGUCGCUAACAAGCCUGCAUCCGAAAGUAAUUUCCACGUCGCAUGUUCCAAUCUUUCUCUCCAGCUACCAAGCAACGCUCAGCAAAACGGAUCAGUCAUUGCUCGAGCUGUUGCAGUUGUAUGAGAAGAAUGGAGCCAGUGUGUGGGAUUGGCGGCCCUGCCUGUGGGGAAGCACGGCUGCCAACUACUACAGUGUCCGCUCCAAGUCAGUGCAGCCACUCUGGAAGCAGCCGAGAAUGGCCCAAGUACUCAAUCUCAUCGAAUCCGAUAUUGUCACCAAUACCAUCAAAGCAUAUCCAUUGGAUAGAUCCUUACAGGCUUCAAGUCGAUUGGAAAUUGAGAAUGGCGAGAAAGUGUACGACCCAGCGUUCCUGCUUCCAUUGAUAGCACACUUGCUGUCAGCUGGCGCCGACGUUCAGCAUUGGUCAAUGAUCAAGUCGGGCGCUUUGGCCAUCGCUCUGGCCUCACUGGCAUCUAACUCCCCUGACACUCGAUCUGCCGCUUACUUGGUUAUUUCACGAUUCCAUUCACACCUUUCAAGUGGGGACAAAGACCAGCAGUUGUGGCAGAACUUCAUCGGCACGGUUCGCGAGGGGGUAAGGGAGCUGGGGAGUGACUGCCCACAACUGCCCUCCCUCUGCACCACCUUCCUGGCGCGGGCCACCCUGGCACUGUCCGAGGUCGACAGCCCGCUCUUCGGUCCGCUCUACAACUUCUUCCUUGCAAAACCGAUCUUCAGCUUCACCUCUGUACCCGGUUUUCUCGAGUUGAUUCACAGCAAUGAUGUCAAAUAUCAGGAUCAUCAGGAAUGGAUUUUGGAAGUACUGAGAGAUGGCACUCGUCGCAAGCAAGAUGCAGACCUAUUAUUCAAAUGUUUUGCGCUGAAAAUCUUACUGAAUCUCUAUUCGUUUGCGUAUGUUAGCACCACAGUCAAGAUGUUGAUUCUGGAAGUGAUAUCAUCACUGGCGUUGGUGCGCGAGCACGGCCACACCCUAGCCACGAGCUACGGCCUCCUGCCCUGGAUGAAUCGCAUCCUCGACCACGCUGACGGCAACCAAGUCUCGCAAAUCAUCAAACUCCUCAACAACUUCUCACAUUACAAAUCAUGCCUAGUGCAUAUAAAACUCAUCCUUGUGUCUUUGGCUGAAAGAACAGUUUCCCCUAAUGAUAUGGUGGUGAUCCUUGAAACAUUGAACUCUAGUAAGUUUUUGUGUAUUGUGAACCGCUGUGAUGUUCAGGUGCUAAUCGAUACCGUCAGUUCGAUACGGGGAGAGAAAUCAGUGAGUCAUGCCAAAUACAUGUUGGAUCACGGUGCCUCUCUCAUGACUGAUGCCACUUCUGUUGAUAACAUUGUAUCAAACUUGAAUAAUUUGAUUUAUGAAUGGUUGAGAAUAAAAUAGAAUUUUAGGUUUUGAC